GGGGGGCGGUGCUUUCGUGACAGGAGGCUAGUUAAGGAUGCGGUCAUGUGAUCGGAUCAAGAUGGCUUUCCCCAAGUUGUUUCUAUUGCUGCUGAGCGCAGUGCUCUUCCGAUGGCCCUCUCCGAGCUCAGGUUCCCCACUGACGGUGCCGCGAAAAGAGCCGCCGCCUCUGGUCAUUUGGCACGGGAUGGGAGACAGCUGCUGUAACCCCUUGAGUAUGGGAGCCAUUAAAAAAUUGGUUGAGCUCAAAAUACCAGGAAUUUAUGUGUUAUCUCUGGAGAUUGGGAAGACUCUGAUUGAGGAUAUGGAGAACAGCUUCUUCUUAAACGUGAAUCAUCAGGUGGCUCUGGUGUGUGAGAUGCUCGCCCAGAAUCCCAAGCUGCAGCAGGGCUACAACGCCAUGGGCUUCUCCCAAGGUGGCCAGUUCCUGAGGGCAGUGGCGCAGAGAUGUCCAUCACCUCCCAUGAUCAAUCUGAUUUCCGUGGGUGGACAGCAUCAAGGUGUGUACGGGCUGCCUCGUUGUCCAGGGGAGAGCUCUCAUAUUUGUGACUGGCUCAGGAAAACGCUGAACGUGGGCGCCUACACCAAGGGUGUCCAGGAACGCUUGGUCCAAGCAGAGUACUGGCACGACCCCAUAAAGGAGGAGAUCUACCGCAACAGCAGCAUCUUCUGCGACAUCAACCAGGAGAGGGGCAUCAAUGAGACCUACCGGAAGAAUCUGAUGGCCCUGAAGAACUUUGUGAUGGUGAAGUUCCUCAAUGACUCGGUGGUGGACCCCGUGGAUUCCGAGUGGUUUGGAUUUUACCGGAGUGGCCAAGCCAAGGAGACCAUCCCCCUGCAGGACACUGCCCUGUACACAGAGGACCGCUUGGGGCUUAAAGAAAUGGACAAAGCAGGCAAACUGGUCUUCCUGGCUGUAGAGGGGGACCACCUUCAAUUCUCCGAGCAGUGGUUUUGUACAAGUCUCCUCCCAUUCUUGGUGUGAAAUCCUUGUUUCACUGGUUACUAACUGCAACUCUAGGCACCCCAGCCCUUCCACAGCAACUUGGGGGGAGGGGUCAAUCAAGACUGUACUCUGCUCUUAGAUGCAACUAACACUUCACUCCUUUCCUCAUCUGACACUGUCUGAGGAGAUAGAAGAUCCUCAUCUUAUCUGCUUAUUACUCAGGCCCAAUCCCACUGCCAUAUGGUAGGGAGUACCAAGUUUCAUUAGCUAAUGAGCAUGAGGAUUGUUUUACAUGUCCUUGACUGUGGUCAAACCCAAUUCUAGUUAUAGGCUGCUUUGCAGAAAACCAGGAGCAAAACAGUAACUUACAACCUCACAACUGCCUCUCCCUCCCUCUUCCCAGUGUGAUUUGUAGGGGACCAACCUAAACUUUUAACUACAGGGAUAUAGUAUAGAAGCACUCCGUUCAGAAAUAACUCCUCCUGGCUAAAAAUUAAGCCUUCUUGUCUGGAUUUUCAGUUUUGCUAGUGGGGUCUUGAUCAAGGGAGUAAGUUUGGCUGGUAUAUUGACGACUUUGGGAGCUCUGAGAUUGGUAGGAAUGCCUGUGUGGUGGUCUUGGCUCCUACCUUUUGAGUAUAUAUGUUUUGGGAGUGUAGGGGGAAGGGGGGGGGAGAGGGGAAGAGGGGCACCCUGCUGUGUGGCUCACUGUGGGGAGGAUACCAAAGAAAACAAGCCUUUUGGUAUGAAAGGCCUAUGUGGCCUGAGGAGGAGACAAUAAGGUCCUGGUCCCUGGAGGAUUAGACUGUUUCCAAAUUGGUCCAGCUUUCACAGCUUACUCAGAAUGGCUACUGAAGCCUCUCUUCUUACUGCGCUUCUAUGGGAGCCAUAAAAGUAUUAUCUUCCUUUAGACUGUGCAAAGGCUCUUAAAGCAAGAGGCACAAGUGUAUCACACCCUGGAGGUGAAACAAGUGUGAGAAAGCAUCUUGUCUCAUAGCCAUCCUUAGAUUCCUGUUCUUUAGGUGGAAAAGUAUGAAAGAAGAAAAUGUCUAGUUUGUUUUGUUGGCUUUUCUGAAAAAUAAAAAUGCUGGUUUUUUACCUUG